AAGCGUUAAUUUAGAAUGAUCGGAGUGAUAUCUUAUGGAAACCGGAAGCGUGGAUCAAGUUGUUUUAGUAGUCAAAAUCGCAUUUCCGGCGGAAAUGGUGGAAAAAGAACCCGAAAGACACGGCAUGCACGAAAUCGUGCAGCGGCCAUGUCGAAUCGUAGUAUAAGUGCUAGCCGCGAGAGAGCGUCCCUGGCACUGAUCAACUGUGGCGUAGAGCAGGCAAUAUGGGCGAAUACGGAGGCGAAAACGGAGCGCCACCGAGCAGCGAAACCAGAAACUGGCAGACGUAGCGCAGUGUCAGUGACAGCAGCCAGUAAAAAACAAGAACAAGUACGAUCGCAAAGUUCGGCAAGUUUGGCCGAUGGUGGUGCUUCUGGUGAAAUGUGCGAAAAUAAUCCCGUUCCGUCUGGUGGUGGCACGGGAAGGAAACGAGGUCACCAGCAUCAUCCCCGAUUCGGGGGCAGCCGUAAAUCGGCCGUACCAGCGGAGGAAGUGAUAGCAGCUUUACGAGGUGCCUUUGACAACGGCGGAGGAGUGCCACUAGUUGUUACGGGCAGUGGAGGUAGUAUUAGCAGCAGCUCGUCAUCGUCGUCACUGCUGAUUGGUACGGUAAACACAGACAUAAUCAUCUGUAGCGAUGAAAAUGCUAAUCCGCAACGGAAUGUCAACCGUGUGGAGGAGUACAAACAAACACCAAUGGUAAUCGAUGCUGAUACUGACGAAUGCACUGUCAGCUGCAACGAUGAUGAUCUUGUAAAUAACAAUAGCAGCAAUCUAGGCCAGGAUCUCAAUGCGGAAGUGGAACUGUUUCAAGAUCCAAUUGAGAGCAUAGUGGAGGUUGAUGAAAGGCUGACAGAGCCAAGUGAUGAGUUGAUUAAUCAACAACAACAAAGCAAUAGUCUAAUUAGUAGCGACAUAAGCAAUAGCACCGCUAGUAAUGUAAUAGUGAUAGACGAUGACGAAGAUGAUGACGGUGGAGGCAGUGCAGCAAGCGGGGAACCACUGGUAAUUAAGCUGGACGAAGUGACCAGCGGUCAGGAGCUAGUCAAACAAAUCACUAAAAAGCUGAAACGAAGCAAAAAAAGUCCGUCCUCGGAUGAUUCCAGCAGCGCAAGCGUUAGUCGGAAAAAAUCCAGUAGCAGUAGCAAAAAAUCUUCCAAAAACGCCGAUGGCACCAGCAGUAGCAGUGGUAAGCAGAGAAAGAAAGUUCGAUCGGCGGGGGCGGCUGACGGGCAGAAGGUGCAGCGAGCAUCCGGAGAUGGAGCACCCAGCGAUGGCGGCGAUAGCGGCCUGGCGGAUGACAUCGAUCCGGAUGCGGCGGAAUGGGCUAAACUACGAUGUACCAGCGAGCGGACUGAGGUUAUCGCCGAGCGGGAACACCGGAGGCAGAAACGAUGCGCAGACUAUCCAGGGCUGGCGUUCGGGCGGUCCAUCUUCAGCUCGGACACGAUGAUGAAGUUCAACAUAAUCCGGAACGAGCUGCAUAACAUCAUGAAGACACAGCUGAAACGGGCCGAGUCGGAAGUAGCCGCCCUGAACCGUCGUAUUCAGCUGUUGGAGGAAGAUCUGGAACGUUCGGAAGAACGUCUGGCUUCCGCCACAGCGAAACUGUCAGAGGCUUCGGCGGCUGCUGACGAGAGCGAACGUGCGCGCAAGAUUCUCGAGAACCGUUCCCUCGCCGAUGAGGAACGCAUGGACGCCCUCGAAAACCAGCUGAAGGAAGCCCGCUUCAUGGCUGAGGAAGCCGACAAGAAAUACGAUGAGGUCGCUCGUAAAUUGGCCAUGGUUGAAGCCGAUUUGGAGCGUGCUGAAGAGCGUGCCGAAGCCGGUGAAGGCAAGAUCGUUGAGCUUGAGGAGGAACUCCGCGUUGUCGGUAACAACCUGAAGUCGCUGGAAGUGUCGGAAGAAAAGGCUAACCAACGUGAGGAGGAGUACAAGAACCAAAUCAAGACCCUCACCACUCGUCUAAAGGAGGCUGAAGCCCGUGCUGAAUUCGCUGAGCGUUCCGUUCAGAAGUUGCAGAAGGAGGUCGACAGACUCGAAGACGAACUGAUUAUCGAAAAGAUCCGCUUUGCCGAGAUUGGCGACGAUUUGGACUUUGCCUUUGUCGACCUCAUUCCGGGUGUCGAUCCGAUCUGGACCGAUCGACGUCCGAAGCCGAAGACCCCGCCUCCACCGCCGAAGCUGCCGACUCCACCACCACCGCCACCGGCAACGAAGGAGGCCGAAGUGGCUGCAGGUGCUGCUCCUCCAGCCGAAGGUGCUGCGGAGGCAGCCCCAGUGGAAGCUGCCAAACCGAGAACUCCAAGCCCGUUCGAUCUACAGAAGCACUUCCCACCGGAAGCAGCCGAAGUGCCAUACGUGCGCUCGGCAUCCGGAACUACGCCACCGCGAGAUGUCGCCGCCGAAACGGCAGCUGAAGCAGAAGCGCAAGCUGCAGCCGCGGCAGCGGAAGCUGCUCAAGCUGCUGCUGCUGCUGCGGCAGCCGCAGCUGCUGCCGCGGCCGCUGCCGAAGCGGCACCACCAGCUGAAGCAGCUGCACCUGCUGAAGGUGAAGCACCCGCGCCGGCUGAUGGUGCCGCUGAGGCCGCUCCUGCUGAAGAUGCCGCGCCGGCGGAAGCUGCCCCUGCUGAUGCUGCCCCCGCUGAGGCUGCCCCAGCUGAGGAAGCGCCCGCGUCCUAAGCCAUGCCAUCAAAAUAUCGCUUUUUCUCACUCUCCUGACUCUCUUUAUUUUCAUUUCUUCCGUUUAACUUUCUUUUAACGUAUUUCGCACGAUGGAUGUUAUUGCGCUGCCCUAAGAACACACUAAAUAUGAAUGGUUCUUCUUCCUACCGCAAUAACCUAUCUAAAUGUCAGAAUGUUACGUUUAACUGUCUCUUUUUAAUUUAAUUUUUCAAAUAAAAAAUAAUUGCUUGAUUUAUACAAUAACGUUUUUAGUUCACUGGUAUGAAAGCCCUCGCGUUUCAUAGUAGUUUUAUCGAACCCGAGCCGAAAACGAACGAAAAAGAAACAACCUACUUCGAUUGUGCCGAGUUGCGACGGAAAAGUGCGUAAGACAAGAAAAGGUCCAUGUUAUUAUGUUUGCUAAGGAUGAAAUUUAACUGCCGGAAAAUUGCGAGUUUUAAGUAUUUAUUAAUUCGGGAAUAGCUGUUACUUUUAGACGUAAUGAUACAUAUUCAUUAGGGGAACCCGGGGCUGUUAAGACAGUAGGGGUAAUUCGGACCCCCUCGAUUUCUCAGAAAAUAGCAGGAAUUUCUGACUAUCGUACAUAUUAGCGGAACCGCUAUUCUGAAACAUUAAUUUUGAGAGCUGAAUUUGAUUCAUUGUUCUUUGUAGAAAAAGGACACAACAUGUUUCGUUAUUUUGCCAUUCUCAAAACGAAAAUCAUUAUAAUUAAAAAACAGCGAUUAAAUCAAUAAAUAGAAGUGAAAAAAUAAUUGGUAAGUUUUUUGGAAAGCUUGAGGUUCCUAGUUUAUGGAAUAAUUUUUGUUUGGGUGAAAAUACAGAUAUUUUCAGGACGCUCACCACUUUUGUGCGAAAUGAGCGUACGGGGCUAUUCGGGACCCCCUAUUCCGUCAACCACCGUUCAGCGGCUUGCGGCUGCGCACACGCCACAGCAAAGAAAAUACAUGGGCCGCCAAUCGACAGCUGUGACUUACCAGAUAAAGUUUUUGUAAAGCAAUUUAUUUAUUUAUUGCUUUUAAAGGAGUGUCUCUUAGAAAUAUUUCAUAGAUAAACAUAAUUCCAUUGUAAAAAAAAUUAAAGAAAAAUUACGGUCUGAAUUGCCCCGUAGGAAGGUCCGAAUUACUCCUACAUUGUAAAAGGAUGGAAAAAUGUAGAGGUUUGCAAAUCGUCGCCUAGUGCUGCUGUUGAGUGGAGCAAAUGAAUCUUUUACGGCACCAAAAUGUAGCUGAGGUUUCAAACUAACAAUUAGGACCUUUAAUCAGUAAACUUUUUCACAUCUAUCCAUCUAAAAGGGCGAUUUGCUUAAGUAGGUCCGAAUAGCCCCGGAUUCCCUUAUGUAUUGUUUAAUGUAGAUAAAUAUAAAAUGAAAAAAAAAACUACGAGCUUUAGCGACUUUGCAAACUGCGCAUCAAAUUUUCGAGUAAUAAGUGUUAGACUACCACCAGUUUUAGAAAUUCAGGAUCCCUUGAAUCACUUGGAGCUUAGUCAUCUAUAGAUACAAUAAUUUGAACAAAGACUUCACAAAUCUCUAAAAGCAACCGUGAUACUUGUUCAGAAUACUGUGCGCACCUACCUACUAUGCCGCCAUGUUUUUGAGACCAAGAUCUAAAAUUUCAGGUUAGGGCCGGUUCGUACGAACGAAUACAGAAUUUGUGAUGUUUGACAGACUACCCAUAAACAUCGACAAGUUUGUACCUGUGUACAAGAUUCCGUGCACGCGUUCAACCUAAAACACGCUUCCUCUCGAUGUACAGCUUCACCUCGAACAUUGAGCCCAAGCGAACGAUGUACAAACUCUAGCUCAAACAUCCGUGUACGUACACCGGGUGCGUACAGGUGCACGAUUCGCACAAGGCAAAAAUAGUCAAAGCUAGUGAUGAUGAGAGUGAGAAAGAGAAAACUAUUUAAUAUGAGCACAGAACCAAGGCGAACAUUGUGAACGAUGUUCAUUUGGGAAGACUGGUGUUUGAAUUCGAUUGAUUCUUGGUAAUCGAAUCCCAGCAUAAUUUCAUUCAGCGUACUUAAGCCAACCAUGCAACUACCGGCUCCCCAAAUAAGCAGUCACUGAUGUGCAAAAAUGAUUUCAUUAGAGUUUUCUACGUGGUGUACUCAGUUAACUUGUGUUACUGCCGGAAAUAACGUUAAUUUUCCAACAUUAUUUUUUUGUUUACAUUCUGAAUAACAGAUUUCGAAAGUUCUGUGCAGAGUGGUAAAAUAUCUUUCGUUUGUUAAUUUGGACGUAAACGCUAAUCGAUUUUCAAGGCCGGUUGCGGAAACGGAAAUAACAUUUCUGCGUGCUAGGAAUCGCUUUGAGCGAAGAAAGGUUAUUGUAUUUGUAAUAUGCCACUAGGAAAAUAAAGACUGCACUCGAAUAAUAAAUACAUGAAAUGCAAAAAAUAGGCCUCCAAUCUUUCCCUGAGUCCAAACUAACAAAAAACUUGGUAGAAUAUAGAUAUAUUUUAAUGUUUUGCCAUUUAUUGCUUCGUUGAAUGUUCUCUCACAACUCAAACGCUCACACCUUUACAUGACCCUUUUCAUCAAGUUUUAGGCCUUGGGAUUGUUUAGACAGUUUCAAUCCUACUUUGUUUAAUUCUUUAAAAAUACGAAAAUGAUUUACCAUGGCUCUACAUGUAGCUAGGGCGUAUUUGAAUGGUUGACCUCUUUUGUAGAAUAAAUAAAAUAGAUCUCAGAAGGACAGAAAUAACUGUUGAAGGCGUUUGUCCGUAUAGAACCCAGAUAUGAGCAAGGGCUGACUUUUUCCGGUACACCUACAGAUCGCUUGCCAGACAAAGCAUUUUUGGCGAAUUUCGGCAGUUUUUUCUUUCGUUAUAUCUGCUUCACUUAGACUCAGAACAUUUUAUUUAUUCUGUACCAGCAUUUUUAGCGAUUUUAUUUGAAAUGUUUGGACACCGAUUUGUUUACACGUGUCUCACUGGUAAAAGUUGCGUUUUGAUGCGUGUAGUUAUAAAAAGUUGUACUAGAUGGAAGACGGGAAAUAAAAAUAAAUUCUGCACACCCACGUCAAAAGCUGGAUUGGUUAACUUCAGUGCCCAUUUUUUCCAACAUCGAGCCAUUUGUGCUUCAUUCGGAGUCGUUCUUCCAGUUUUUUUAACUUUCCUUGAUAAAUACCCAAUACGUUUCGAUUCGGGACAGUUUUUUGACUAUCUUGUGAACAAAAUCCACUUUAUUGUCACGGUACUACUAUAGCACUUCUGUAGUAGUAGCUUGCCAGAACUUAACUGGACCUAUGAGUCUUAAUAAAAGCCAUUUUACAUUUUUCUAGGCUUACUCAGCUUCGAGCUCGUCGUCGAGCUUCGUUUUUGUCCGCGUCUGAAAAUUCCUUACCAGAUUAUCAUUUUUUGGGAUAAUUAUCGUCGAAAAACUUGACUUGAAAUUUCAGAGUAUAUCACCCUGUGCUGUGGCCCUGAUAAUACUAAUGUCCAGAAAUCUUCAGAAACUUCAAUAUCCAGCUUUUUCGAAAUAUUUUGAAUUCUUUGAAUUUUUUGACGUGGUUUUGCUGGGUCAAUUUUCUUUUCUCGUCUUUCUAUCUAACACAACUUUUUCAGUACUGUACGUCUCAGGACAAAUCUUUCACCACUUAAAUAAUUGCAUCCAACAAGUCGCGGCUGAUCAUUCCAAAUUCGAUCAGUAGGGGCACUGCUAUAGAAUAAAUAAAAUUUCCAGAUUCUAAGUUUUUGGUUCUAGUUUCUAAGGUUUUCAGGUUAGCAACAGUGCUCAAUGAUUGGAGUGGGAUAACUUGUAUUCACUGCAUCUGAAUUGUAUUCAUAUUGGAAGACGAAUGGUGCUAUUUCUGUUGAAGCGAUUCUUUUUUAGACUUUGUUUUAGAUUGAUUGUUCAUUGAAUGAUUGUGGUAAUGGAGGCUAUGGUCCAGUGUAGUAAAAUUCAAUCGAAAUUCAUAAUAAUUUAACACAUCAGUUGCUCUUGAUCUGAAGUUCAGUUCAUGUCUUUUCAUUCACCGUCGCUUUUAAAUGAGUCACAGUUCAUAUUCAAGCUACUUCGUUUGAUCCUCUUAAAUGAAUAGAUGUCGUUUUCAAUUGACCCAGUGAGCAUCAGUCAAAUGAGAUCCGGGUAUACGGUUGAACUCGUUCAAAGUCGAAGAUGAUAGGUACCGGAAAUUAUGGUUAUAGUCAUUUUAAAUUAAAAAAUGAGGGCAACAUGGAUAUCAUUCAAAAGGAGGCCAUUUUGAAAUCCGAGAUGGCGGCCUUCGGCGAAAAAAGCUAUCAAUAUGGAUAUCGUUUGAAAGGGGGUGGUAUACAAUUGCCGGAAAUUUACGAAAUCCAGGAUGGCGGCUUCCGGUUACCACAAACCAGUGAAAAUAACUAUCAAUAUAAGUAUCAUUUAAAAGGAAGUAGUCAUCAAAUGCGGGAAUUUGAUGGUUUAGGCCAUUUAGGUAACCACCGAAGUGAACACCAUCAUAAAUGUAGGUAUCGCUUGUGAAAGGCUGAUCAGUAGAUGACGCAAACUGAUGAUUGAAUACAUUUUGUAAUCCAGGAUGGCGAAUUUUGGUUACUAAAAAUCAUUAUAUCCACCAUUAAUAUGGGAAUAAUUUGAUAGAUGGAAGUUAGGAGACGGAAAAUUAUGAUUGAAGCAUUUUUGAUAUUUAAGAUGACAGCUUUCGCAUAACUUCGAAACGGAGUAUUUUUGAAAGGGGAAAGAAAGCAGAUGUUGAAAAUCGAGUCAUUUCCAAAGUCAAUUUGUCGACUUCCGCUUAUCAUCCGUAAACGUGAAUAGUUCUUGGAAACUAUUUUUACCUAGCCGCUCUGAUUACGUUCAAAUCAGUAUCCAGCAGUUAUACAAAAUAUGUGUUAAUCAUAAGUAUAGCUCGCACUGAAUUAAUGCUUGGCUAAAUGAUCAGGAGUCAGAUCACCAGCCAUCUCAAAAAAAUUAGACCCCAUGAUAAACUGCAUUAAAAAUUAUCUUUGCGCUGUAUGAAUUUAUUAUCUUGGUCGGAGUUGUUUUCAUGUCAGUGAGUGUUCAUUCAUAUUCAUUUGAGUGUAGUUCAUUGGAAUGGUUUACUUCCAUAAGCUGAGACCUUGUUAAUGUGAUGUUUUCAAUAGAAACUAAACAGGCAAAAACGUCAAAUGACCAGAAGCUGUUAUUCAAUUGACAGUGAAGCAGCGGAAGUCAACUGAUACAGUGGCGGUAUGCUUAUAGUGAAUGACUUGCAGUUUCACUUUAAACAUAUAUUUUCGUUUGAAAUUGACUUUUUACCGCACUGGUCUGGUUCUUACAUUUUUCCAGUUCCAGUCGAUUGAUUUGUAUUAACAUUUCAAUUGGGAAACGUUAACUAGAAUCUACCACUACUUUUGAAAGCGAAAAGCUCCAAAUAAUGCAUAAUCCCGCACCUACCUCUCGUUCGUAAACAGGAAUAAUUAAGUUUUAUAUCGGAACCGUUUUGAUAACAUUUUAAAUUUUCUUUGCUGCUUCUUUACGAGAAGGACCAAACGAAAAUAAAUUCAUGAAUGAAAGUCACCAAUUGGGACCUGGGUUAAUGCAUUUAAUUUUUUUUAACUUUGUUGCGUCUGAACAGAGUCUUUUCGCUGAGAUCUGGCGUCACAAUACGUGGCACACGACCAUACAACAUGCUCGAUCAGGGAUGCCAAGUGUUUUUCCAAGAAGUCCGUAAUAAUUUUCGAAAAAGUCUGGAAUUGUCUGGAUGGCCUAUUUUUUUGAAACAGCUUGAGGAUUGAAUUUGAGGCUAUGAGCUUUCAGCAUCUUGGAUUGUUGAAAUUUCCAGCUGAUGCAAACUCAACAAAAUUUAUUCGCUUUUAGCGAACAAAAACUGUGCCAUUUUGUGUUUCCAGCUAUUCUAAAAAGUUUUGUUUUCAAAAUCGUAGCUCGAAAAGUGGUUUAAAAAUCAACGAUGCAUUUUUGUAUCUCACUUUGUUAUUUUUCAAAUUGUCUGGAUAAAUCUAGACAAAUUUUCUGAAAUCUGGAUCAGAAAAACAUAAAUCUGUAUGUCUGGACGACGCUUAAAAAUCUGGAAGAAUCCAGAUACAUCUGGAAGGUUGGCACCCCUGUGCUCGAUAUCGCUAUAACCAUCACAACAACAAGCGACCUUCAUUCGCUCAAUAGGCCGCAGAUGUGCAUAAGGCUGCACAAAAAAACAAUGUUCGAAUACCUUGGCAGAAAAUUGGUAGAAAAUUUGUUCAAUAAAAUUUUAAAAAGGUUUAUAAAAUUUUAUAAAAAUGACUACACAAUUAUUUUUCCCCUACUGUCCGUGAUGAAGCAAUGAAAAGGGCUUAAAACAAAGAUUUUUUGGUACAGCACUAAGAAUAUUCCACGAUUUUCGGUAAGUGAUGUUCAGGUUUUACCGAAAUUAUAAUCUCACUAAGAUAGGGCUGUAUGAGACGAUGCAUUAUUUGUCCUAGUGAAUGGACUCGUCGAAUGAGAAAUAUUUUGUUACAGUUUGGCGGAAGUAAUUGAUCAGGAAUUGUACGAAGCUCAUUCCUCAUCAAAUACAGUUAAAUGAGAAGCAUCUAUUAUAUCUAUGGGUUUAUACGAAGAAGGAAUAACGGCAUAAACUGGGUGCGAAAGUUGAGCUGGACAAGCCUCUCAAAAUUUGAAAUCAGCUAUGGUUUCUAAAAUUAAUUGACAAUCGAUAUAUCCCAAUAUCGACAUCUACCAGAACAUUAACCCUCAUAGGAUGAAUCGUAUAAACGACACCGAAAUUAAUAUGCUGAUAUUUAAAAAUUUUGGUUAUUGUGCAGAGAAAGUUGAUCUUUGAUCAGUAUUGCUGUUUCGAUUAUUCAAAGUAACGUCUCCAAGUACCUUAAGAACUUAAUCGUAUAUCGAGAAAUUAUUAUGAAAAAAACCUGAGCGAAGGUUUUAACCAUUAGUGGUAACUGUAAUUGGGUUUCAUCACUUUUCCCAUAAAAUGCGACUCGUUUAGAUUAUAUCGUAGAGAUACUCAGCUGAAGGAACUCAGGGAUAUACAUUGUCGUAGAUAUCUUGCAAUGGUCCUUGCCGGUUGGCAGCUUUUGAUUCUGUAACAUAGACUAGUUCAUCAUCUCCAAGUAGCUCUAACAUACAGAAACUGCCAAGGCAGUUGAUAAUGUUUUUAACGAAUGCGUUGUAUAGAAGAGAGCUUAGAAAUGAGUGCUGGGAAAGACCCACAUAUCCGACCCAACACCGCACAGCCCCUUAAAGAGAUUACAAAUAUUAUCCGUGCAAAUUUCACAACCAUAGAAUGUUUUCAAUAACCCAUAAAUAUACCGAACAAUGGUCACCAUGCGAAAACUUGGUCACCAUGCGAAAACUGCAUAGGUUUUUCAGGCAAUAAGUUGCGAUUGGUCAAAUAUUACGCUGAUGCAGCUUCUCUGAUCAAAAAUUGGUAGAAACUGAGCCAAAAGCUUCUUCACCCAAACCUUUCUUUACGCCAUUUUUGUGAGCAUAGACCAUUUGAAGUUUUGUUGAAAGCAACGUAAGUUAAUCUUUAGUCUCUUUCCUGUGUGGAAGCCAUUUGCUUCGAUUAAGUUGUAGUGGUGGAACAUUAUCGUUUUCUCGGAGGAUUUCGUAUGAGACAACAGCACAGCAUUUCAAUCGGCCGAUGCAAGUUAUGAUUGGAUUCUGGCCUUUCGAUGGGGUUGUCAAUCACGAGGUUCAAGGUUACCCCUUUUAAUAAACUUUUUAAGUAUACUCAACUAGCGUCGUUUCGCAGCAUCUAAUUUUUUUUUUAAUAAAUUGAACUAGAUUCUGUCUUGGUACGCGGGGCUGUUGUAAGCUUUUUGUGCCUGAGCUUUUCUCUGCGCUUUUCACAUUUCUCAGUUUGUUCACCAAAAUUUUACAUCAAAAGUGACAAUACAUAUUUUAUGUCACAUGCCAAAAUAUGUAAAAUUUAAUUAUCUAUCAGAAAAAUACGUUGUAAUAUUAUUACGUCAAAUGUAAUAUUCAUUUUUUUUCUCAUUGUUAUUUACAAAAUAUGUUUUGUAUUGUGUUUCGACUUCAUCUUUUAAUAAACUGACACCUUUUUAAUACCAGACUAGAUCCAAAACCAAAACCCGAUUUGUGUUCCUAAACACACAAUUGGUCAAGCGUGAUGUAUUAAAUUAUUUAUGGGAAUUAAAUAGCAUUCCAAAUAUCAAUUAAGUAUCAUGUCGUCAUGAUGUUUUCAAAACUCUAAAGCAACGAAUUUAAACAUGUUGGUUAAGGUAUAUUUUGAUUGUAGUAUGGAUCUUGCGGAAUAUAAGCUAGUGCUAGAUAUUUAGUUAUGUUUAUUAGUCAAGAAAUUUUAGUAGAGUUUUCCGUAGUCUUGCUAUUAUUCCCCGAAUCGUACGUUAGUUGGCAGGUAAAUAAUGGCUAGGUCAAUUGUAUUGUAUCCACUUUUCCGAGCACUUUUCCGUCGCAACCUGCACUCAUCAGCUCCGUAAAACGCCAGGUUCGUUUCGUUCUUAGCAAUCACACGAAUCCACCACCAAUGGGAUCGGAAACUCCUGCGGAUCUUUUUUUGGAAUGGCUUACAUUUAAUUACAGUUUACUUCCAAGCUAGAGUUGUGCUUUCCUAACCUCACCGCCACUAGGUAACGUUACAAUUUUAUUAUUCAACUUUUUGACUAUAUUUUCUCCAACUCCAGAUAUGUCGUAUAUUAGUUCUGAUUGUUUCUUUCUUUUGUAUUCCCACUUCAUUUUUACCAUCGUUAUUCCUUAAUCCCCCAACAACAUCCCUUAUUUCCCAAAACCUCUCACAACCACCCUCGCAC